AUACACUCUAACCAAUUAGCUCGCGGUAAGCCGACUUUUCUGCAGGUACUUUUAAGGGUUGCGUGCUUUACCAACGUCAGAAAUUAACGUAUUAUGUUUAGCUGCAGCCAGUAAACAUUACAAACAUUAGUUUAUACCAAUCGUAUAGCGUGUCCACGUCGCUUUAAAGUUGUUAGCGUUGCCUUCUGUGCUUGUUUGCGCUUUCCGGUCGAAUGCCCGAGUCCGAAUCUACAGAGGGCGUUGAGGUGCUGCAUACUAGACAACAACAUGGCGCUGGGCCAAGCAGAACAGUCAAAAGCACGGCAACGACGCGACAACAGCAGCCAGCUCGGCGACGGGGCCUUCGCCAGCCUCCCGAAGAACCCCAACAGAACGUGCCGAGCGUCAUUGACCUAACCGCUGACCGGCCCGACGAUGAUGACGACGUGGAGAUUACACAAAUUAAGAACGUGAAGCGGCCCAGGCGGCAGGAUCUAGGGGGAACGUCAGGGGCGGGCGUGCAGGCCGCGUUGCCUGCUGCACAACCACAGCCCCCUGCCCCGCCAAGCCCCAAGGGCUACAAGUGCAUCAUUUGCUACGAUAUCAUGGAGAAGGACCUCGCGACCACUACAUGCGGGCAUAUGUUCUGCUUCAAGUGCAUCAGCGAGUGGGUACAGAAGAGCGGCAACUGCCCGCAGUGUCGCGGCAAGCUCACCAAGUCCAAGAUCAUCCGCAUUUAUCCGCCGUCUUAAGAGCUUGGCGGCGCAGGAGCAUUGGCCCCUGCUGGUGGCGUUGGUCUUCGGAUGUGACCAGCAAGGGGAGCGCAACUGUGCGCUGUGCUCCUCGUUCAUCGGAUGUUGCCAACCAAACGCUGCUUGCAGCUACAGAAGCUGUUGUACAUAUAGUAAUAUAAUUGUCUUCUUCCACCGGAUUGUGGCAGGCAAGUGGCAACCUGCCUGCUGUGGACAGAAAGAAUGGUGAAGGGGCUCAUGACCUGAUAUGCUUUUAAGCCGAGAGCCCCAUGGGGAGCGGCAGGAUGAUGCAGAGGGUUCGAGUACGGGCAUGGAGUAUGGUGAUGCGUUCGUGAUUCUGACAGUCCUGGUUGCCAUAGACCAUGGCAUGCAUGUUGGCUUUGCAAGAGUGGUCUGCCGGGUAUAAAGCACCUUUCCGUCGCGAGGAGCUUCGGUGGGUGUUGUCGUACAGUUACAGUUACCAGCUAAGUUCUUGCAUCAUUACGCCUUACGUAUUCUGUAAGAGCGAUGCUGAAGCGACGCGUAAAGCAUGGCCGUAUCGUGACAUAUAUACGGCCGGGGUCAUCCACCUGCUUCGAAGGGGUAAUGCGCACCCAUGCUUGCAGUAGCUUUGUGCUGGUUGCUCGCCCACAUAAGACCACAGCACAAGUAUGCGCGUCCAUGUACCCAUCGUGUCAGGCUGCGUGUCCACCCUGCAGUGAUGCAGCGCACGGCCCCAACAUGCAUAGGAUACGGGGGAACUAAAAAAUGGCCUAAAGCAAUAACAUCUACUGCAC